UUUCUUCAUCUUGUUACAGUGAUUUCAAGCUAGACCAAAGUGAAAAAAAAAAAAAUUAUUCUAUAAUGUACAAAACAGGUGUCAUAAUUGGAAUAAUUUUUUUCAUCAUAAGAGGUUCAACGUCGAACUUUUUAGAAAGAUCAAAAAGAAAACGCCGAUCCACGGAAUAUUGUACAUACACUUACGAAAGUGUUUGCGAAAAACAAGUACACGAUCCGAAUCUGUGCAUUGCAACAGGAUUUACUAAUUGUUACAGUAUAGUCAAAACGAAUUGCACAAAAACAUAUCAAGCAUGUUGCAAUGAUGACGUGAUGGACAAUGGGAUUUGUUAUGGGAAAGACGAAGAUUGUGAUGACUGCUACACAAUAAAUGAUUGCGACGGGAACAUUAGGCUGCUGCAGAGUAGAUAUGGUAUCGUGUCUUCGAAGAAUUACCCAAACGUUUACCCGCCUAAUCAAGACUGCGCAUGGGUGAUAAAGGGACCUAGAAAUUCAACAAUAGAGAUUGAAAUGUUAGAUUUUCAUUUUGAAGAUAGGCAGCAAUCAACAGAUGACUGUGAUUGGGAUUGGGUUAAACGAGAUUGGAUCUGCAAAGAAGGAUGCGUUGACUAUUUGAUAAUCGAAGGAUCGAUACCGGGUUCGGUGCUUGUUGAAGAAUGCGGCAAAAAGUCAGGAUGGCAAAAGUUUAACACGGACGGGAGUAUUGUUCGAAUAAGAUUGCACAGUGAUGACAGCGUUCAAUAUUCAGGAUUUCAGCUGCUUUAUACAAUCAUUGGUGGGGAAGAUCCAAUUCGAAGAGUAGCUCCUUCAACACCACCCAUGACACGUUCGGACAAAGUUACAUUGCGGCCGACAACCAUGCCUUCUCCUUCAUCACGAAUGGCUACAUCUGGUCGGCCAGUAAACAGACCUCGUCCUUCGGUUCCAUCAACUACGCGACGAGUAGAUAGAACUGGUCGGCCAGUAAACAGACCUCGUCCUUCGGUUCCAUCAACUACGCGACGAGUAGAUAGAACUGGUCGGCCAACUACAACACCAGUGACUACAGCCGCAAGGCCAACAAACUGGCCAUUGGUCACAACUCCCCGGACACAAACGAGACCUUCCGCUGCCCAGUCUACGCCGCCACCUCCACCUUCGCCACCAUCAAGACCGCAAACCACGAAACAACCUAUCACAACUCGCAGAACGGUAACAGCCCCACAAAGAGUACUGCCUGUUGUCUCAUUGUUGCCUCCUGUGGAAAUAACAACUAAACCACCAGUGUGCCCAGGCAGACUUAAAUGGAGUAAUUGCCCAAAAUGUACAAGAACAUGCAGCAACUAUCAGCAAAGCGAGGAGGACUGUAUCGUAAAUUUCUCUCGACAAACACCCAGCGCUGCGUUCGGAAGGUGUAUCCCCGGUUGUCAAUGCCCUUCCGAUUAUCCUAUUUGGCAUAAACUUAAGUGUGUCAAAGUGGGAACAUGCUUAGAUGCUGCCAGAAUAAAAGAAGUUCUCGACGUUUGCAAACCACUUGGACUAGUUCAGGGCCAAUGCCUUAGAACUUGUAAAAAUAUUCAAGCCAGUAUAGAAGAUUGUGUUCGCCAAACGAGAAUGUCCAUGAACCCCAUCAAUGGAUUUGUUUGCGUCUGUCCAAAUGGUCAAUUCAUGAAUGCAGGGAGAUGUGUUACAAGUCAAGCUUGCCAGAGAGAAUUGAGUCAAAAAUGUGCCGGUGAUAAAGUUUGGUUUUCCUGCAAACCAAAAUGUGAGCAAACUUGCAGGCCUGGUGUAAAUUGUCGUAAUCUAGCAUCUGCUUGUGAAUCCGGAUGUGCAUGUCCUCGUAUCAGACCAGUAUUUCACCAAGGAGCAUGUGUGACAAAAAGAGCAUGUCCGGGUAACAAGAUUACUCAUAACACCGAUAUUACAUGCGGAAAACAGCACUAUCAGCCUAUGUUGAGGAUUGUUGGUGGCGAAACUGCAGUAAAAGGAUCGUGGCCAUGGAUGGUGCAGAUUGAGAAAAUUGCAAAUGGUAAAUACUCAUUAACAUGUGGGGGAACCCUGAUAUGUGACAGAUGGGUUCUCACUGCAUCACAUUGCUUUCUGGCUCCUGGAAAAGGAUGGGUGGAAUUGGAUGUUAGAAAGUAUAGACUUCAUAUUGGGAAACAUCACAAAGACUAUAACUUGCUGGAUCUGGCUACGGGCAUGCUGGCAAAUAUUGUGCCACAACGUAUCAUUCCUCACGAAGACUACGACGUUACAAGCCAAAUGAACGACAUCGCGUUAAUACAGCUCCCAAACAGAAUACCUCUUAAUAAACUUAUCCGGCCGGCGUGUGUUUUUAAUCAAAGUUUCGACUUUUAUCCAAGCUUUGUCAAUGGUGAAAGCUGCAUAUCGGCGGGGUGGGGCGCCGAGACAAACAUUGAUAUUAAAACAACUACCACUAUUAUUCGGGUUUUGAAACAAGUUAAGUUAUAUGCAAGAAGACAUUCGCUAUGUAGAGAUUUGUUUCGUCAUUUUGAUAUCAAUAAAAUGCACUGUGUUGGAGGACAGAAAAAUGUUGAUACAUGUCCGGGUGACAGUGGAGGUCCUUUGAUGUGCAAGCGAGGGGAUAGAUGGUAUGUCGACGGAAUUGUCAGCUUUGGGCUACAGUGCGGAGUACAAGAUGAACCAGGAGUUUAUACUAGAGUUGCUUAUUACAAUUCUUGGAUACAUAAAUAUACUGGAACACAGUGUGGGAGUCCUGAAUUUGUUUGGAAACGAAAUUGAUGAAAUUCUGAAGAUUCCAAUGAAAUCAGCAAUAUAUUCAUAAUUAGACUGUACUAAAGUGUUCAAUUGUACAUUAGAAAUCACUGAAUUGUUACCAUGGGUACAAAAAUAACAAUAACAAUAAGAAGUAAACAGGACUAGCCUGACUUUAAAGCUUCGUGGAAAAGGCUAAAUUGAAACACUUUUAAUUAUUUUCAUAGUGAAUUGUCCUACUGCUCUGCGCUCACAUCAAAGUGUUUGCUGCCAUACUAAGAAAAUAUAUAAGAUUGAAAUAUCUUUCGUCGUAAGUAGAUUCCCAAGGCGUUAUUAACUUACACUUGCUUCAAAUUCAACGUAACGUCUUCUGACUUUAAGUGUUAACAACAUGAUUUGAGCGAAUACACAUGGUUCCAAAAUCCUUAGAAAGGUAAUUUUUCGACAGAUCGUUUCCAUGGAAUAUAACUCAUAGUACUGUACUUACUGAAUAAAUAUAUUUUAUACUCCAAUCGAAUAUAUAUGUACACCAGUGUGGGUGAAUUCUUACUCUAUUUUUUUUUUUUUAAUAUAUUGUGCGAUUUAUUCGAGAUAAUAAAGUUAUACCCAUUGA